UAACAUAUCAAUCAAAUAUAAUGCUCAGCUUACUGACAAUACAAUUUGAUUAGGUGGAAGGCUACUAUGGAGGAAAACAGUCAGACCCUAUCACUCGCAGUGUCGAAGAUCUUAAGCGUGUUGGAGCUCCCCUCUCUGGAAUCAUUUGCAGCGCAGCUACAUCACAACCAGCCACAGGCCCAACAAGCUGUCACCAGAAGUAUCGAGGCUCCUGAUGAGUCGAGACCCUUCCGAACACGGGCAUGGCCAUGACGCGCGAGAACUCCCAAGAACCAACCCAAAGCAGGGCAAAUGAUACUCUUGUCACAGAUCCCAUGGGAGCUUUGUAUGAGGUAACCAAACUGAGAAACCUCCGGAGCAACAACCUCCAUGGGCAUGUUUACGCUGCCAGGCCAACAAUUCUAGAGGAUGAUUUUAUCUCCAAGGCUAAAGUUAGCGAAGCCGAUGCCGAAGAAUUAUUUCGCACCUUUAGUACAUCUCUCAAUCAUUACCUGUGGGGUGGUAUUGCUCUGGUCCACGAAGAUCUUAUUUCAGUGCGACGGUCCUCAUCUCUAUUGCUAGCAGCCAUUUUAACAGUUACAGCGCUACACGUACCCGGGAAAGAGCAAGUCUUUGGUAUCUGUUAUGCCGCAUUCACAGCACUUGUUUGCGAUUCCAUGUUCGACCGAUAUCAUACGCUAGACGGUAUUCGAGCUCUUUGCAUUGGCGCGUUCUGGCUUUCAGACGUUAGUUCGAUGCGAGGUUCACGGGAACAUUUUGAGGGUGCGAGGCUGUGGUACUUUAUAUACGUUUGCGAUCACCACUUCAGUAUCGCCUAGGGUCGACCGCCUGUUAUUCAUGAAGAUGCGACUAUUACCAACC